CUCAAUGUCUUGUUAUUGGCAUUAUUCAGGGCAGAUCAGACGGACAAAUCAUGUUAGGAUCAAAACAAACUGCACUGAGGUGCUGCAUCAGGUACUUAGGCAGACAGGAAGGAAGAGAAAAUCUAAUUAAGGAUCACAUCAGGUUGUUUUACCUGCAUGAACGUCUUUUAUUGUCCUCUGAUCAAUCUGGAGAUCAGAAGAUGGGUAAUCAAGGGGGCAAAGAGGAGAACAGAGCAAAGUCUCCUCUGUCCAGCUGUCUCUCUAUGAAGAGUGACCAGUCUAAAGGUUUUCCUCCACACUUCAGUAAUGAACCAGGACCCUCAGAUCAGAAGAUGAGUGAUCGAGGAGACAAAGAGGAGGACAGAGCAGAGUCUCCUCUGUCCAGCUGUCUCUCUAUGAAGAGUGACCAGUCUAAAGGUUUUCCUCCAGCCUUCAGUAAUGAACCAGGACCCUCAGAUCCACAAAUAACAAAGGGGUCUGUUUCUGUGGAGGAGCAGCUGUCCAGCUGUGCUUUGUGUCAGGACGUCCUAAGAGAUCCAGUUUCUACCAGCUGUGGACACUGGUUCUGUAGACAGUGUCUCACCUCAUACUGGGACCAGUCCACUUCAUCAGGAGAGUCCUCCUGUCCCCAGUGUGGAGAACAAGGACUGCAGAUAUCCAGUAAGUCCAGCACUGUAAUAACAGAUAGAGGUCUGCAGGAGGUUACAGAUGAACUUAAGAUCAGUCUGAGGAAGAGAUGUGAACAUGUGACUGAAGGAAGUGAUGAAACAGGAAGUAGAACCCUCCUCAACAGGAUCUACACUGAGCUCUACAUCACAGAGGGACAGAGUGAAGAGGUGAACACCCAACAUGAGGUGAGACAGCUUGAGACAGACUCUAAAAAGAAGACCCUCCAUGAGACUCCAAUCAAGUGUCAGGACAUCUUUAAAGCCUUACCCGACCAACAGAACCACAAGACAGAAGCUCAACCCGACCAACAGAAGCAAAAGACAGAAGCUCAACCCGACCAACAGAACCACAAGACAGAAGCUCAACCCGACCAACAGAAACAAAAGACAGAAGCUCAACCCGACCAACAGAACCAAAAGACAGAAACUCAACCUGACCAACAGAACCAAAAGACAGAAGCUCAACCCGACCAACAGAACCAAAAGACAGAAGCUCAACCCGACCAACAGAAACAAAAGACAGAAGCUCAACCCGACCAACAGAAACAAAAGACAGAAGCUCAACCCGACCAACAGAAACCCAUCAGAGUGGUUCUGACAAACGGGGUCGCUGGUGUUGGAAAAACCUUCUCAGUGCAGAAGUUCACUCUGGACUGGGCAGAGGGCUCAGAGAACCAAGACCUCAGUCUGGUGAUCCUGCUUUCAUUCAGGGAGCUGAACUUGAUCAGAGAUGAGGAGUACAGUCUUCUUGAGCUGCUCCGUGUUUUCCAUCCAACAUUACAGAAGGUCACAACAGCAGAGACGCUCGCUGUCUGUAAACUGUUGUUCAUCUUUGACGGCCUGGAUGAAAGCAGACCGUGGUUGAACUUCAAAAACAUGGAGGUUGUGUCUAGUGUCACAAAGAAAUCACCGUUAAACACACUGUUGACAAACCUCAUCAAGGGGAAUCUGCUCCCCUCAGCUCUCAUCUGGAUAACUUCUCGACCUGCAGCAGCCAAUCAGAUCCCUCCUUCAUGUGUUGACAGGGUAACAGAAGUACGAGGCUUCACUGACGCCCAGAAGGAUGAGUACUUCAGGAAGAGGUUCAGUGAUGAUGAAGAUCUGUCCAGCAGAAUCAUCUCACACAUCAAGACAUCCAGGAGCCUCCACAUCAUGUGUCUGAUCCCGGUCUUCUGCUGGAUCACUGCCACAGUUCUGGAGCACAUGAUGAGCACAGAGCAGAAAGGAGAGCUGCCCAAGACCCUGACUGACAUGUACUCACACUUCCUGCUGGUUCAGACAAAGAGGAAGAAGAACAAGUAUGGAACAUCAUAUGAGUCCUCAGAAACUGAGGAACUCACCAAAUCUGACGGGGAAGUUCUUCUGAAGCUGGGGAGGCUGGCGUUUGAACAUCUGGAGGAUGGAAACAUCAUGUUCUACAAAGAAGACCUGGAGCGUUGUGGUCUUGAUGUCACAGAGGCCUCGGUGUACUCAGGAGUUUGUACAGAGAUCUUCAAAACAGAGUGUGUGAUCUUCCAGAAAACAGUCUACUGCUUUGUUCAUCUGAGCGUUCAGGAGUUCCUGGCUGCAGUCUACAUGUUCCACUGUUUGACAAACAGGAACACAGGUGUAGUGAUGGCUUUCCUUAAAAACAUCAACAUCAUUUUUCAAACUCCUGAAAGUGAUGACUUAUCCCUGGAUGUCUUCCUGAGGAGUGCCAUGGAGAAAUCCCUGAAAAGUAAAAAUGGUCACCUGGACAUGUUUGUUCGCUUCCUUCAUGGCCUCUCUCUGGAGUCCAACCAGAGACUCUUAGGAGUCCUGCUGGGUCAGAGAGACAACAGUCCAGAAAUGAUCCAGAGAGUCAUCAACAACCUGAAGGAGAUGAACAGUGAUGAUAUCUCUCCUGACAGAAGCAUCAACAUCUUCCACUGUCUGACGGAGAUGAACGACCUCUCAGUCCAUCAGGAGAUCCAAGAGUUCCUGAAGUCAGGGAACAGAUUAGAGGAACUCUCUGAGAUCCACUGCUCUGCUCUGGCCUACAUGCUGCAGAUGUCAGACGAGGUUCUGGAUAAGUUGGACCUGAAGAAGUACAAGACAUCAAUCCAAGGACGAGUGAGAGUGAUUCCAGCUGUGAGGAACUGCAGGAAGGCAAAGUUUUCAGACUGUGGACUGUCAGAGACUCACUGUGAAGUCGUGGCCUCAGCUCUGAAGUCCAACCCCUCCCAUCUGAGAGAGCUGGACCUGAGCAGAAACAAUCUGCAGGAUUCAGGAGUGAAGCUGCUGUGUUCUGGACUGAAGAGUCCAAACUGUAGACUGGAGACUCUGAGAUUGUGGAGCUGCAGUUUGUCAGAGAUCAGCUGUUCUUCUCUGGCCUCAGCUCUGAAGUCCAACCCCUCCCAUCUCAGAGUUCUGAACCUGAGUGACAACAAGCUGCAGGAUUCAGGAGUGAAGCUGCUGAGUGAUUUUCUGCAGAGUCCAAACUGUAGACUGAAGACUCUGAGUUUGUGGAGAUGCAGUUUGUCAGAGAUCAGCUGUUCUUCUCUGGUCUCAGCUCUGAAGUCCAACCCCUCCCAUCUCAGAGAGCUGGACCUGAGUCACAACAAUCUGCAGGAUUCAGGAGUGAAGCUGCUGAGUGAUUUUCUGCAGAGUCCAAACUGUAGACUGGAGAUUCUGAGAUUGUGGAGCUGCAGUUUGUCAGAGAUCAGCUGUUCUUCUCUGGCCUCAGCUCUGAAGUCCAACCCCUCCCAUCUCAGAGAGCUGGACCUGAGUCACAACAAUCUGCAGGAUUCAGGAGUGAAGCUGCUGAGUGAUUUUCUGCAGAGUCCAAACUGUAGACUGGAGACUCUGAGUUUGUGGAGAUGCAGUUUGUCAGAGAUCAGCUGUUCUUCUCUGGCCUCAGCUCUGAAGUCCAACCCCUCCCAUCUGAGAGAGCUGAACCUGAGUGACAACAAGCUGCAGGAUUCAGGAGUGAAGCUGCUCAGUGAUUUUCUGCAGAGUCCAAACUAUAGACUGGAGACUCUGAAGUGGAGGUCGAGUCUAUAAAGAGAGGAUCCUGUCGAUCACAGAGCUGGAAGCAGCAGCUGGUGUGUUGGUGAGUCUUUAACUGGGCUGUGUUACUGGGAGACUGACGGACCAAUCACAGCGCAGAUGACUCUCAGUGCUGCAGUCUGAGCUGCUCUGAGAUCAGCUCCACCGUCACACACAGGACCAUGACCUCGGACAUUUUUCUAUUCUCAUAUUCUGAAUUUAAACUGCUUCAUGACUCAACGACCGAAGAUGAACUCUUUGAUUUGGAUAUAAAUGUUUCUGUUGCAGCGCCACCCUGUGGACAUGUGUAGUGGUGCAGGUUAUUCAUUGACUCAUAUUCACAGAUAACAGUAGAGGUUGAUUCCACCUGUACAAGUUAAAGUGUGAAGUUGUGCUUUUAACCACGAGUCGUUGGUCGUCUGAUAAUAAAUCAGUCGUCUCUUUGUUGGAUCAAAACAAAGAGGAGGCUUCACUGAGUUUUUAAAAGAACUACAAACAGGAUGUCUGGAUCCAGGUGCAGAGUCAGCACCUGAAUAUUUGAUGUAAUAUGAGAUGAUAUAAAAAGAGCUGAAUAACAUGCAGACUCAAUCAUUGAUAUUCAUUCAUCAUGUCAGGGUAACAACGGACACGUUAUCAAACUAUCUUUAUUUUUAACUUCUGAUGUUUAUUACACUUUGAUGUUUGAACCUUCUGUUUUUAUUAUCUCAGGAUUUUAAAUAGAAAUUAAUUCAAUCUGUGGAGGGUUUUAUUUGAAUAAUAAUUCAUGUUUAGGUUCUGUUGCUGCUAUCACUGCUUUCUGCCAGCAGGUGUCACUGUUUCCACAGUUUUCUCCCAGACUGAUCGAUCUGAAGACAUUAUUUCUCUGUCUGCUCUCUGUCAUUUUCUUCUCCACUUGUAUUUGAAAUAAAACUUUGUUUUCCACAAAGAUCCA